GCCAAUUCUCCCCAGCACACACAUUUGCACAGUGCAGAGUCCCCAGGCCUCCACAAUGUCGGACCCUGCCUCCCGGCCCCACUCUCCUCCUUACCUGCUGCUGGCUCUGCUGUUGGGAGUUAUAGGUGUGUCAGAUGAGACGGAACUGCAGGUGAUCCAGCCCGAGAAGUCGGUGUCUGUGGCAGCCGGAGAGACAGCCACUCUGCGCUGCACCCUGACCUCCCUGCUCCCUGUUGGGAAGGUCGAGUGGUUCAGGGGCACAGGGCCAGGCCGGGAGUUAAUCUUUAGUUCUGUCGGAUACCGCCACUCCCCCCGAGUAACAACUGUUACAGACAUCACAAAGCGAAGCAACCUGGACUUUUCCAUCCGCAUCAGUAACAUCACCCCAGCAGACACGGGAACCUACUACUGUGUGAAGUUCAGGAAACGGGUUCUGGAUGUGGAGUUUAAGUCUGGACGAGGCACCCAGGUCAUCGUGAGCGCCAAACCCUCUCCCCCCGUGGUGUCGGGUCCCACGGCCAGGGCCACACCUGAGCAGACUGUGAGCUUCACCUGCGAGUCCCACGGCUUCUCCCCCAGAAACGUCACCCUGAAAUGGUUCAAAAACGGGAAUGAGCUGGCAGCCUCCCAGACCACCGUGGACCCAGAGGGAGACAGCGCUUCCUACAGCAUCUCCAGCACAACCACGCUGCCGCUGGCCCCGGGGGACGUUCGCUCCCAGGUCAUCUGCGAGGUGGCCCACGUGACCCUGCAGGGGGGCCCUCCUCUUCGUGGGACUGCCAACUUGUCCGAGACCCUCCGAGUUCCACCCACCUUGGAGGUUGCCCAGCAACCCGUGACAGGGGACCAGGUGAAGGUCAUUUGCCAAGUGAAGAAGUUCUACCCCCAGCGCCUACAGCUGACCUGGUUGGAGAACGGAAACGUGUCCCGAACAGAAACGGCCUCGACAGCCUCGAACCUCAUAGAGAACAAGGAUGGGACCUUUAACUGGACAAGCUGGCUCCUGGUGAAUUUAUCCGCCCACAGGGAAGAUGUGGUUUUCACCUGCCAGGUGCAGCAUGAUGGGCAGCCCGCGGUCACCAAAAACCAUACCCUUGUGGUCUCUGCCCACCAGAAGGACCAGGAAGCCCAUACGACCCACGAUCUAGAACUGUCCACUCCACUCCUGGUGGCUCUCUACCUGGGUCCCAAGCUGCUACUGCUGCUCGUCACUGUCUCAGUCAUCUAUGUCCACAGGAAGUAAUGGAUUGGCUGUGAGUUAUGGACAAGGAAGACAGGGCAAGGUGUCCCAGGAGGAAAAUAGCACCCAGGACAAAGGAGACACGUGGAGAACAUUUCUGGAAUGAUGCGCAGAUAAUGAAAUGUGAACAUGGGUCCACAGCUCCUUCCUUCCUCCCCUCCUACAUGCCAUCCUCGGUCUCUGCUGCCUCCUUCCUUCCCUGAGGAGCCCAGCCUAAGACAAGGAACAAGUAGAAGCUUCCACAAAUCUGCCCCAAAUGUCGGCUUCCCCAGAGACCCACCUGCCCACAGUUCCUGCCGCUCCUCUCCCAGUCCUUGAUGCCCCCAGAGCUGGUCUUCAUACCUGGUCCUGAGCAGGCCAAUAGAAUGUCUCUGGAGACUGACACAUGGAUAUCCUACUAGAAUGUGAGAAACAAGUCACAUGUACGCACACCAGGCUAUCUCGUAUCCUUCUCCUGGGGACCAUGGUCAUGAAGUACACACUCAAGUCCAUGUUCUCACAGUUUAUUCCUGCCAACCCUCAGACUCCUAAGCCUUGGUGAGUUCUCCAAUGUCUCUCGAAUACAAAUGAAUCCCAUCCUGGUUGGAAGAAGAGAAGGGAUUCUCCUCCCUCUUUGCCUACAUGUCCUUCUACUCAGACCCACAGAGGAAUAUCUCUUCCUCUCCCUGUGAUGGAAACACUACCUCUUCUGUCAACUUCAUCCUUCCCGACCUUGUUGCUCAUGUACACGUGCUGGCAGUCCAGAAACCUGGACCCUUCCCUGAUUUCCUUCUUCGUAUCCCGUGUUCAAUUCUGCCUUCAUAAAGCUAUGUGCAGUGGCAACAUGGUAAAUGUUCAACAAUCCACUUCUCUGGAGGAAAAAGAAGCCCGAUUUGUAGUGUUUGUCCACUUCGGUGGUGUCUACACUCCCAAUGCGGCCAAUUUCAAGCUGCCAACAGUGGAACAACUAGCUUGCAAAAUUCCUGGAAAGCUCUCAGGAGCGAGGGCAAGCCUCCUCCCGCCCACCAGGGAGCUCCACCCAGCACCUGCACACUGCUCGCUCCCGGGCUGCCCCCUGGUCCCGGCCACCAGCAUCCCUUCCUGGACCAUUGCCACGUGCCUAACAGACUCUCUGGGUUCCGCCACAGUGAUCCUAUGGAAAUGGAGGUCAAAUUGUUUCCCUUCUGUGCUUCUUCCCCCUACAGAUGUGCACGGCUUGGUCUCUCCCCCUUUCAAGCUCUGCUGAUAUGUCUCUUUAUGAAAAGCACCUUCCAAAAACCACCCCAUGUAAAAUAUCAAUUCCACUCUCUCACUCUGCAUUCCCACAGCUCAUACCUGAAUUGAACUACUUCCCUAGAACUUAAGAUCAGCCAACUUGAUAAAUGGAAACAGUGCUCACUUUGCAUAGUGAUGCAGGACCAAAACAAUGACAGUGCAGCUGAAACCAUGAAAAGUGAUGCCAGUAAUCAGUGGGAAAAGUAAUGAUUUUUCUGUGACCUUUAGAAACCUUUUUCAACAUCUCAGAAACCCUCCAACAGUCAGUUAUGAAUGUAUCGGGACACAAAAAAACAGUAAAACUAUUAUUCACUUGGUAUAUGGGCUUUUGAAACAUUAGAAACGUUGAAAAGGGAAGUUUUAUUUGUUUGCAAAGACUUAUCAAGAGUAGUUUGCAGAGGGCCUGCCUUCCUCUGAUGGCACAGUUUCCCAUAUAGAGCAAACGUCUGGAUUAUCUCCCUCCUUUCUCACUUGGGAUCAGCUUCCAACACUCCACCCUUGGCACUUCCGACGCUGUGAAAUCUUUACAACAUUAAUGUGAAUAUUUGCUGACAUCACUUCCUCCGGGACAUUGUCACCCCACCCCACCCCCACUUUCCUCAGCGACGUGGUAAGUUUAUCCUCACUCUCCUCCUCUGGCUGCAUAUCUGGAUGCUUGGGAACAGUAUCCCGGGCCGCAUUCCCAUGAAGGUCUCUGUGCCUUCAUGAACCCCACUCCCAUUGAGUUUGAACUUUACCUCCAGCUUCUUCUCUUCUCGUUUCUCCUGUACCCCUUCAGCUUUAUGCCCAUUCCCUUCUGCCAUUUUUUUUCACCUUUGUACGUUAUGCAGGUUCAUCGGGCGGGGCGGGGGGGGGAGACCAGGAGACUACACAACCAUCUGCUUUGCUAUUGUGGGAAAUGCAUAUCACAACCCUAAUUAUCCUUGCACCCUGAUCUCAGAUUUUCAUGCCCAGAACUGUGAGAAAUUAGUUCCUGUUGUACAAGGCAUCCAGUUUAUGGUGUUUUCUUAUAGUAGCCCAAGCCAAGACAAAAUCUAAAUAAAUUAUGGACUUUGCUAAAUAAUAAUGUACCAACAUGGGUUCAUUAAAUUAUAGUAGAUGUACCAUACUACUGUAAGACGUCAAUAAGAUGGGAAACUGUGUGCAGCUGUAUAUUGGAACUCUGUAUGAUUGUACCAAGUUUUUUCUAAAUGUAAAACUGUUACACAAAUUAAGGCCAUUAAAAAAAAGUCAACAUCUUGUCCUCA